AUGCUGCAUACGACGGCUCCUGCAUCCGUUGUGCAAUGUGACCCGAGCACGUGGAACGCUGGCGGACGCUAUGAAGAUGACCGGUUGCUGGCUCAGAGUCAGCAUGAGUGGCAGGUGCUCAAGGUGCUCACUGGUGGUUCACAGUGUUCCCCGACGCACCACGUGCUGGAGUUUGUGCGGCUCAAGCGUGUAAACUAUGGAAUUCGAUGGCGGAACGUACGAAACGCAGACGCUGUUCCACCACGCUGCAUGAUGGGACCUCAUUGGUACUUGAUGGUGGCGACGUGGUCGUGUUUCAGCGUACUGGUGGUAACAGUGAACGUGGUGACCAUUGGAAAGGCGGGAAUGGUCGAAAGAGGGGCCGGAGUGUUGCUCUCUGGCAUGUGCUUGACGUGCUACGCCCUUGUUGGAUGCACGAAUCCCGGUAUUGUUCAGAGGACGGACGUGCCUCUUGAUGAUACGUUCACCUAUUGCGACCAUUGUGAGUCAUAUCGACCGGAAGGAGCGAUGCAUUGUAUGGACUGUCGAGUGUGCAUUGAAGAGUACGAUCACCACUGUCCGUGGACGGGCAAAUGCAUCGGCAAGCGCAACGUCCGCUACUUUUACGCGUGGCUCUUCUUCUUAGUGCUGGCAUUCGUCUACGAAAUGAUCGAGUUCACGACGUAUUUCCUUCCACCUGACGAUCGCAAUGUACUCGACUCGCUGGACGACUCACUGGAGAUUGGCGCGUCAGUCGUCACGCCUGCCCCACUUGCAUAA